AUGGACGAAAUUGAGAGACGGCGGAUUGAGUGUCUAUUAGAAAGCACAGAAGAAGACGAUUUAUUAGGAGGCUUUUCAAGUGAUGAUAAUGAUGAAAAUACACCAACAUAUGAACCUCAUGACCAAAAUACGGAUACAGAACAGUCAAUGUCUAGUACAAGUUCUAUCGGAAAUAUUUCUAAUGAAUCAGAUUCUGAAUAUUCGUACCAUGAAUCUGACGAUGAUUUACCUAUAUCUAUGAGACGCAAAUUUUUUAUUGGAAAAGACUGGACAAAAUGGAAUAGAAAACCAAAUGUUCGUGUAAGAAUCGCGAAUUCUAAUAAAGUUACAGAAAAAUCAGGAGUUAAGCUUUUAGCUAAAAGUGCAAAAACAAUUUUGGAGUGUUGGAUGUUAUUUUUUUCAAAUGAAAUGUUGGAGCAUAUAGUAAAAAUGACGAAUAUAUAUAUUGAUAAAGUUCGACCUAAUUACAAUCGAGAAAGAGAUGCUUCGGAAACAUGUGUUCGCGAAAUCAAAGCACUUUUGGGGAUAUUAUAUACAAUUGGAGCAAUAAAAUGUAAUCACAGAUCCACUGAGGAUCUUUGGAAAAUAGAUGGGUGUGGAGUAGACAUUUUAGCAUGUGUUAUGUCGGAGCAUAGAUUCCGUUUUUUACUUCGUUGUAUACGAUUUGAUGAUAUCCGAGGAAGAGACGUAAGAAAAAAAAUUGAUAAUAUGACUCAUAUUCGACAUAUAUUUGAUUUAUUUGUAAAUAAUUGUAAAAAUACAUAUACUGUUUCCGAAUACUGCACGAUUGACGAAAAAUUACAAUCAUUCAGAGGUCAUUGUUCUUUUAGAGUAUACAUGCCAAAUAAGCCCGCAAAAUAUGGACUAAAAAUGUUUGCAUUAGUGGAUAGUAUUAAUUAUUACACACUCAAUAUCGAACUUUAUGCUGGUAAACAACCAGAUGGUCCAUUUUUAGUUGAUAAUGCUGCAUCUUGCGUUGUAAAACGAUUAGCAAACCCAAUUUUGAAUACUGGUAGAAAUAUUACAUUUGACAAUUGGUUUACUAGUUUUCCAUUGGCAGACUAUUUACUCAAAAAUAAAACAACUAUAGUAGGCACAGUUCGAAAAAAUAAAAGAGAAAUCCCUCCCGAAUUUCUCAUUUCAAAAGGUCGUGACUUAUACUCAUCAUAUUUUGGUUUUUCCAAAAAUAAAUCAAUCGUAUCGUAUAAAGCUAAAUCAAAUAAAAUAGUUUUGAUAGCUUCGACAAUGCACAAUGAUAAGGCUAUAGAUAUAAAUACUGGAGAAAAAUUAAAGCCGGAAAUGAUUACAUUUUACAAUUCGACCAAAAGUGGUGUAGAUACUAUGGAUUGGAUGACCGAAAACUACAGCGUGGCAAGACAUAGUGCUCGUUGGCCUCUUACAGUAUUUUAUUCUCUACUCAAUAUCGGAGGACUAAAUUCAAUGAUUGUGUACCAAGAAAAUACGCAAGUAAAGAAGACACGUUUAGAAUUUUUGAAAUCAUUGGGUAGGCAACUUAUGGAGAAUCAACUAAAGUACAGAAUGACAAUUAGCAGUCUGCCCAGACCACUAAAAACAAGACUUCAAAAUUACGUUACGGUUGAAAGAGAAGUGCUCCCUCAAAAGUUGAGAAGUUCGAACCGAUGUGCUUUUUGUGAAAGAGCGAAAGACAAAAAAACCACUAAAGUGUGCACCAAUUGCAUAAAGCCUAUAUGUAGAGAUCACUUAAUAGAAAUUUGCCCAGAUUGUUUUACAUUAUAA